AAGGCCAUGCUGCUUUUCUGACGAUAGGGAACUAAUAGUUUACAAUUGAAUUUCAUGUGAACAUGAUAUCAAAAACUAUGUCAGGUCAGUGUCGAAUGCACAAUGUUCAGUUUUACAAUCUGCUACCUCGUGGAAUAAACUGUAUGGCGACGAAUGAAGCGAAUGGUAAACUUGCAUUAUCGAGGGAUGAUGGUACUAUUGAGAUAUGGAACUUAACGGGUGCACCCUUUCUAGAAAAGUCGAUCCCUGGCCAUGAGAAUGCUUCAGUAGAAGGUUUGGCUUGGGUCAGUGACCGACUAUUUAGUGUUGGGCUUGCCGGUUCGCUAAUUGAAUGGAAUCUACGACAGUUGUCUAUUAAAAAUACCAUCCUGUUGACUGGCAAUGCCGCCUGGUGCCUUGAUGUUAGUAAAGAUCAACGGAGAUUAGCUGUUGGAACCGAAGGAGGCUAUAUAAAUGUGUACAACGUUGAGAGCGAUGAAAUUCAAUAUGAAAAAUUUUUGGACAAACAAGAAGGUAGAAUUGUUUGCGUGCGUUUCGAUUACAGUGGCGAGUUCUUGGUAACGGGCUCUGCAGAUGCGGUUCGAGUGUGGAAUCUAAAAAAGGGUCAUGCGAUUCAUAAAAUGACAACGGGUCGUUCUCAGCGCGACGCAGAGACUAUCGUAUGGGAUGUGUUGGUUCUGAAAGAUUUUACCAUCGUUUCCGCCGAUUCUCGCGGGAAGAUUAUGUUUUUCGAUGGAAAUAUGGGCACUUCAAUCGACAGCAUAGUGGUGUCAAAAGCCGAUGUACUGAGUUUAGCCACUGAUAGCGAGGAAAAGGUAUUGUAUGUGACGGGAGUGGAACCGGUUAUAAAAUUGUAUCAAAAAGUUGAAGUUACUAAGGCAAAUGAGAAAAUGAAGAAUUACGUCAGAACAUUGACUAGAAGAUGUCACACACAUGACAUUAAAUCAUUAGUUAUGUACCAAAACAAAUUGGUAUCCGGUGGGAUCGAUGGCUCAUUAGUUAUCAGCUCGUUUCCUCCCUAUGUGGUAGAUAAAUAUUGUCCGUUUUUAGAAGCACCAAGUUUUACGGUGGCUCAGAAAAGUCGAAUCAUACUUUUGAAAUACGUUAAUUAUUUGGAACUGUGGUUACUAAGUUCUUCGUCAGUGGAGAGUCGAAAAAUCUUACAGAUUAGAAGUAAACUAGACGAACACAUAGUUGCUGCCGAUAUCUCUUCUGAUGGAAAGUGGAUUAUUUAUUCGAGUGAGACAACAAUCCGUCUGUUUCGAUUUGAAUACCGCACAGAUAGAGAAACAAGGCUUGUUCCACUACGAGCGGUUCCAGAACAAUUCGGACCAUGUUACCGAGUGCAGUUCACUCAUGAUUCUAAGGGUGUGUUUCUAUUCAAAAAUGGAGAAGUAAUUGAAUAUUUUGCGUUUAACGAUCAAGACGAUUUCGACCACAAGCAGACAAUAGAAAUGGCCAAAUGGUUUACGGAUAAAAUUCAUCUGGUGGUUAUUUCGCAGGAUGAUAACUUCCUGGUCUGUGCUAGUUUGUGCUGUGCUGUCAUUGUUUUCAAACGAGAGAAGCUUGGCCGCUGGAAACGGCUUACUAAUUUACCCAAAUACAAACUACCACCAACGGCAAUUGCAAUUCAACCAAACUCACCCAUAUUGGCGGCAGUAUUUCCUGACCACAAAGUGUUCCAUUAUGAUUUUAGCGAGUACAAGUUUACUUUUUCGUCGUACCUAAAGCUUAAUCUGAUGGGUUGCUCGGUGAACAAAAUAGUCAACAGCAUCGUGUUUGAUCCCCGAAAUGAUGAUGUGAUGAUUCUGCAGCAUGAUUCCAACGUGUUAGUGCUACAGUUUGAGGACAGUGAAGAAGGUCCUAGCGGGUGCAAACGACAAAAUGCCGGAAAAACGGGUGACGAGAAUGACGACGAACAUGUCACGAAGCGUUACAGUUUGGCAGUUGUGAAAAAGUUUUCCCGAUUAGUGAACGUUUGCUGGCUGGGUACGGACGAAAUGGUCGCCGUAGUGGCCAAUCCUCUUUCGAUGGUGGAACACUUACCUCCAGCCUAUAGGAGAAAGGUAUAUGGAACGGCGUAAUUGUGUGAUUCAGACAGAAAUAAAUUUAGUUAGUUAUAUCAUA